CGCCGCUUCUGGCUGCAGCCUCCCGCCUGGGAGGCCUCUGGGCUCUGCGCCUAACAGCCGAGAACCGUCGGAGUCAGGGGCAGGCCGGGUCCUUGGGUGUCCUCCCUGACCUCCACGACGAGGAGGCCUCUUCACCCGCGGUGGAGCCCGGCCCACCUCGGGCGAGGCGUCACCCCGUCUGGUCACACCCUCCCUGAGGUGCGCCCUCAUCCCAUCAAGCCCCUCCAGCGCAUCGCUGACCGCAUCACCAGGAGGCUGCCAUUGGCCGAGGCUCGAGCCCCGCCCAGCCCGGUCCUGCUCAAGAGAGGCCUCCUGCCUCAGACCAGCAUCUGCGGCUGGGCAGAGGGGCUCGGCCUGAGCUGCAGCACCGCCUCAGACGCGGGGCCUCCUCGGAGCCGAGACCGCCUCAGACCCCCUCAGACCUAGGGCCUCCACGGACCUGGGACCUCCUCAGACCCUCUCAGACCCGGGGCCUCCACGGACCUGGGACCUCCUCAGACCCUCUCAGACCCGGGGCCUCCUCAGAGCUGAGACUACCUCAGACCCCCUCAGACCCGGGGCCUCCUCGGAGACCGCCUCAGACCCCCUCAGACCCGGGGCCUCCUCGGAGCUGAGACCUCCUCAGACCCCCUCAGAGCUGAACCUCCUCAGAGCUGAGAUCUCCUCAGACCUGAACCUCCUCGGACCUGAGACCUUCCCCGACCCGAACCUCCUCGGACCACCUCAGCUGCUGUGGCCUAAGCGUGAAGGGCGCGCUGCAGGGCCUUGCUGGAUGGAAUCAGCCCCGCAGGGUCAGGUCCCAAGGAGCCGCCUGGGCACCCCAAGGAGUCAGCCCGUGGAAGCAGAGCGGCUCCCCUGAGAUGGAUGCGUGUGCAUGCAGGGAGCCAGCCGUGUGGGACGUUGGCCUAGCUCCCCUGGCCCCCGUGGCAGUCGUGGGCCCUGCCUGCGCCUGCUGUUACCUCUGGGGAGCCCAGCACGUAACUGACUCCGCCUGCUGGCCUCACUGGAGGGCCCCCUGGCUGGAGUUCCCCGGCCCUUGCCGUUCCGCCAUGGUGGCCUUUGCGAGCCAUCCUUGGAUGGGGCACCCCCCUCCAGCUGCCUCAGGGCCUUCCACCUGGGCCUGGGGCGUCUCCAGUUUUGACCCCCUCAUGGGGAGCCUGCCCUCAGGCCUUUGGGCUUCCAGAGUGUUCCCUUACCCUGUGGGGCCCCCACCCCCAUACUCCUCAGCCCCUCCAACUCUAGGUGGGGACACCCCCGAGCCCGGCGCCCAGCUGGGGUGGCACACUCCAUCCAGCUCAGCCCUCCUGACUGCAGUGGGGACGCCGUCCAGAGCUGCUUCCCACGUGAAGAUGACGCUCCAAGUCCUUCCAUCAGGAGGGGUGUCCAGGUUCAGCAUCUGGGCCCCCAAACCACCCUGCAGCCCAGAACUCUGCCCUCUGCCCCCGUCCCCCUGUGCGGACCCCCAGCCGGAACCCCACCGCCCCCGCCCCCACCGCCCGCCCUCCCGGGCCCGCCGCCGUCUCUUCUAGCUCUGAUGUGUGCCUGGAGACCACACCCUCCAGGGCUCAGGGCCGUGGGGUCCGAUGAGCCCUGCUGUGCCCGCUGCCCAGAUAACCCCCACAUCUGCUGUGACAGAUGGGAGCACGGGCCACUCUCGUAAGACGUGUAACAGUGAGCGUCUUACAUUCAGUAAACGACGCUGUGCUGUCAGCUGGGUUCAUGCUUCACUGCUUAGAAAGACCCGGCCUCACUUACAUGCGAACACUUCCGUCUCAUUUUCAAAUGUUACCAAAAAGUUUUUCAUGUUAUUAUUUCCUGCUCUGUUGAUUAUCUGUGGUAUUCCACUUUUCUGUCUUAAUAUUGCAUAUAUUAAAAGCAGAAAUCUUAAUGUAGGUCUCUUGGCUUUAUUGAAACCACUGUUCACUCAGCAAUUCUCUCGUGUCUUCUGACAUGCUCUCUGCUUCCUGUUUCACUGUGAGCUGAUUGUUUCAUAACGUCUUGUAGGUGGUGCUCGCUCAAGUCAUUUUUAGCCUUUAUUCUUUUCUAUUAUAAUUUUUAAUGCCAUAAAAUUUUCUUUAAAUGUAUCACUUGAGAUGUAUUCCAUAGUAAUAUGUGAUGUUUUAUUUCUG